GCUGCGUAUGCGCACAUACGUUCGAUAGGCAAUAUACCUCUUCCGUUAAACUAGUCCUCUCCAUGUAGACCUCGUUAGUCCAGAGUAAAUCGACUCCCGAUUUCCCAUUUGAGCUACAAUCCGAGAGACCCCGCUUCAUGUAAUAUAAUCACCCGGCCCCUCCUUGCAACGCACAAAGAUUUCUUCACUUCUUUUCUCGACACCAACAUGGCCUAUCAACUCACCGAAGACGAUUUGGAUACCCAGAAGGAGUGGGGCUCAGCACCAGUCCGCGCUGCUCGCAAUCCCAACCCUGCUGUGCUGCAGGCCCUCAUGGCCUACUAUCAAGAAGGACUCAGUCGCUGGGAACAGCUGUCACAAAGAGAGCGAAAAUUCCUGCAAUAUUAUGGGCCCAAUGAAGGUGUAUGUGGGGCCAUAUGGGGUACUUAUGAGUCUCCUCUAACUGCAGCCAUCCGAGCGAAAUUAGCAUGCAAUGUGAACUUCCUUCUGGCGUUGGGCGCAGAUUGCAAUGGGAUUUCAGCUCAUGAUUUGUCUGACUAUUCUGUUCGGUUUCUGCGUGGUCGUGACGCCGGGAUUGACGUCUCCAGCUUUGCAAGUUGCCCCCCAAGGGCAGAACUCCUUGCGACCGCAAAGGCCAAAGGCAUUGAAAGCCAAUUGGCACCAUUGACCUCAGCUGAAUUAGAUGAGCGCCGGGUCGGGUUCCCACGAUUCUGGACAGAGCCUAAUGUACCCGGUCAACGAUUGCGCAUGAACACUGCAUUGACUGCUCUUGAGGUCGCGGCGCAGUGUGGUUAUGAAGAAUUAUUUGAUAUUGUGCAUACUGCAGGUGCUGAAGAUUCCUCAUGGCGAUCAACCUCAGAGACCCAAGAGGACAGCCCGCUGGAAAUCCCCAGCGAAGCUCCAUUGUCAAAGUUGUCAGUUUCGUCACCAGUACACCAAGCAAUUGCCUCUGGCCACCGAUCAAUGCUCAAUAAGCUUUUCAAAACAUAUAACUACUGUCCUAACUACCGUCCCUUGGUGGCACCUACAGUGGCCCUUCCACCGCUUUCCUUCGCUAUUGCCCAGUGUGAUCUGGCCAAGCCAGGUGUGCGUGAAUGCAUCAGUGACCUGUUUGCACACCCACGUCUUGCCCCCCAUCUGCGCACGCCUGUAUUUGAAAUACACCCGCUGCACUUUGCCACAGCAAGACACGAUCCUGAAUUCCUGGUUUGGAUUGCAGCUUCCAUCCCUGGUGGUCAUGCUACAGCCGGACGCACAGCUCUGGGCCAUACACUGCUCCACGUGGCUGCGCUUCCUUUGACUGGUGACCACACAGCAAAGACUAGACCAGCUGUGGAGCGCAGUAUCCACUGCGCCCGCACAUUGGAUUAUAAAUGGCUCCAGCACUCUCAACCCAGUCCGCGGCACCUCAAAUAUCCUAGGGGCAGGUUUCCUCGGAGUACAGCGGUGACCAAUCCCCUUAAACAAAAGCCCAUGACAGAGGCCGAGCAGGCUGCUCAGUUGGCUACCAUCAAGCUGCUACUGGAGUGGGGCGGAUUCGAUGUCCGAACGCAGGAUAUUGAUGGAAAUACCGCGUUACAUUACUUGGCGGCGACUUUGAAUGUUGGUUCUGAGACUGUAAAUGUAUUGCGAGCAAUGGAUGGUGGCGAGGAAGUCUGGCAGAGCUCGAAAAACUGGUGUGGCCUGACGCCAAAGCAGUUGAUGGAGGAAUGAUAGGUGCAUACAACAGCUCAGUAGCAGGGGUGAUCAUCUGCAUCAAGUAUUUGGUGUGAUAGGGAUCUAUAUUGGAAGGUUUGUUAUUGUUAGAGCUCGUUUAACAGCCUUCCACUCCUCAUGUCAUGAUUUGUUCAGGGAAACAAGGAGCUUUCAGAGCACCCAGUGCUCUGUGAGUCAACCAAGGCGCGAUAUUCGUAUCAGGAAGCUGGAGAGGAGAUAGAAAUUCAUUACAGUUACAGCCUCUAUCAACUUGUGUUCCAAAG